UCUUUUUCUUUUCCUUGCGCCCGAGCUGACCAUUCUGCANNGUACCUCGACCGUCGCCUGUUCGUCCAGCUUAACGGCAGUCGCAAGGUCAUUGGCGUCCUUCGUGGCUACGAUGAAAAGGCUGGCGGCGAGAAGGUCAGAAUCGGCCAGGUCGUACGUUCAUCCACACCCUCUGCACACUCUCGCACCGUACUGACCCCGUCUAGNGUCAUCCGCGGCAACUCGGUUGUCAUGCUGGAAGCACUCGAACGCAUGGACGAACACGACCGACGAUGA